AUGCCGCCGAGUGCGCACUGGGGCAAGCGCCCACGCGAGGGCGACGGUGACGAAGCCUUCGCGCGUUUUAGUGAGCUCUCUCCGGCGCAGAAGCUGGAGCGACGGCGCCAGGAGCGCGCGGAGAAGAAGGAGCGGGACCGCACACUGGCGUACUUCAGGUCUGUUCAACGGGCGCUGGAGGAGCAGGGCAGCGGUGGCGGUGAUGCAGGUGCCCUCGCCUCCAUCGUGGACGGCUUCUUCUCGGAACUGCUGAAGCUGCUAAAGGCGGACUCGUCGUUCUACAUCCUCCGGAAUGGCACGGCGUGCCGCGUCGUGGAGCUGGCUCUGGCUAACGCGCUGCUGCUGCACGUCAAGUCCCUUCUUUACGUCUUUCUCGGCCACAUUUGUGAGCUGCUCAUCUCCCCUGUCGCGAGCUACACGCUCGAAACGCUACUGGCAAGCCUGUCGCAGGGUCUCAGUGCGCUCGCGGACACGAACCCGGAAGGCCUGGAGGCUGAACUCGCCGAGGGCGGCGUCGGCAUGCACACCGGCAGUGGUGUCCCGAGCUCUGCCACGCUGCUGAGCUCCAUGGCAGAGGAGAUGUGCGAGAACGCCGAAGACCUCAUCGUUCACGACAUCGGCGGCCGUGCCCUGCGCUCGGUGGUUCUCGUGCUUGGUGGACACUCUAUCAGGCAGGCGCCGCUGCCCGUCCACCCGGUCGCUUUCCCACGCGUUCUUGGCACACUGGCAGAGGUCGUCAUCAAGGCGCUGGAGGAGGGCUACAGCCGCGAGUACCGGACGGCGAGCCCAGCAGAGGCGUGGAUGGCAGCGGUACAGGUGCCGGCGACGAGCCUUGUCGUGCAGAGCCUCUUGCGCGUGAGUAACGAGGGCAGCGUUGUGGACCGCUGCGUACGUCAACGCAUCGAGCAGCUGUCCUACAAGGGAAAGCCACUCUUGCACCACUUGCUUGUAGACACACUCGGCUGCCACGUCUUCCAGAGCUACCUGCAGGUGCCGCCGCCGACCGCGGUCGUGGUCGAGGGCGACGCCGCCGCCGUGCGUGCGAGUGCAUCGGCAGGGGAAAGUGACGGCAGCUCCGAGGCGGCGUCGGUACCGGGCGGGGACACGUCCUGCUGCUGGUCACGUGCGGCCGGAACGGUCACUGUCGAGGUGAACAACCUCCUGAAACCCGGCAGCGAUCUUGUUGCUCAGACGAGCUACGUUCUGCAAGACCUCGUCCUGUACGCGCCGACGGCCACCCACCUCCAGUGGCUUUGGAGGCGCGUGUUGGAGCCGCGACUGGCGCUCUUGUUCGACGUGCCAGCACUGACGCCGGUGCUCGUACAGUUGGUGAAGCGAUGCGCGUUCGAGAGUUUCAUACUGACGCCUUCCGCGUCCUCGGGGCUGGCGGCUGCCAGCGAUGCAGCAGACUCCGCGACUGGGGAAGUGAGCCACCACGGUACAGUGCUCCCCGCCGAUGUUCUCAGGACGCUGCGCAAGGAUGUCGUCCACCAUGUGCGCUAUUCGCCCGUGCCCGUCACCUUCCAGACGGUGGUGUGUACGUCGGUGUGCACUUUGGCGAAGCAGCGGGCUGUGAAGGGGGCGGCGCAGUAUCUUCUCGUGGACGGGGCGCUGGGUGACAAAGGUUACGAGCUGGCACGCUUUCUCCUCCACCUACACCCGACGGCAUCGAUGGUGUUGCAGUACUCUCUCGACAAGCUGCAGCGCGACGACCUACUUGCCCUGAUGUGCCACCAGAAGGGCAGCCUCUUCAUGCAGCAGUACAUCAAGGUGUCCGCCCUCGCCGUGCCCAAGUCGACGGCAACCUACACAGGAGGCGAUAAAGGUGUUCACGUCAGUGAUGCAACGGAUACUGCUGCGGAGUCGAAGAGGCCGCUGAUGCGACUCUUCCGCCGCCUGCAGUCGUCCCUUAGCACGCUUAUCUACGACAGGUACGCCGCCUUCAUGCUGGAGGGGCUGUACGAGGCAGCUUCCAUGCCGGUGAAGGAGGCACUGGUGAAGUCGCUGGUCCCGCUUUAUCGGGAGAUGCGGACGCAGAGCAGUGGCUCAACUCCUACACCGUCUGCGAGCGCGGAGGCGCCGCCAUCAGUCGCCUCCGCAGCAGCAGAUGACGAGGCUGACGAAGAUGGCAAGCACGCAGACCUGACCCCAACGCAGAAGCGCUUCAUCGCGUACAAGGUCAUGUCGAGGUGCUGUGUGGAGCAGUACGUGCAUCGCAAGGACGACUGGAUCAAGCUGGCGGAGCGGCAAUGCCACGCGCAGCGUCUCCUGCGUCGUAUGCUAUUGAGCGAGUAG